CUAUCUAAGUAUAUUAUAAAUAUCACGUCCACAAUCUAAUGUUGGACCAGGAAAUGUAACUCAAGAAGGAACCCGCCCACUGUUACGUCAUAGUCUCGAAGGCAUCCCGGCGGACUGGGCCAACUCGGAGGUGGUAUCAGUCCAAACAGUCGUCAAGUAUUCUGAGGCCGUACCAUCGGUGGUUAACCAGGGGAGGGUUUUCUGUCUUCAUUUUUUGACGUCUUUAAGGGUGUUUCCUUUCUUCCUGCUUUAUUUGUGUCCUGGUGCUGGACGGGAAACAUGCUGCGCGUGUCAGCAGCGGCGCGGCUGUCGUGGAGGGGGUUGAAAACGUCUGCGUGUGCGACGCUGUCUGUGAAGAAUGAGCCCAUCCUUGCCUUCAAACAAGGAAGCGUGGAAAGGACCAAACUUCUCCAGGCGCUGGAGCGUGUGAAGACAAACACUGAGGAGAUUCCCUGCGUGGUUGGAGAUGAGCACGUGUGGACUAGCGACAUCAGAUACCAGCUAUGUCCGUUCGAUCACGCUCACAAGGUGGCCAAGUUCUGCUACGCCGACAAGGAGCUGAUCAACAAAGCCAUCGUGGCGUCGCUGGCGGCGCGGAGAGAGUGGGAUCUGAAACCCGUCCAGGACCGAGCUCAGGUUCUCUUGAAGGCAGCUGAUGUCAUCAGCGGACCCAAGCGAGCGGAAGUCCUCGCCAAGACCAUGGUCGGACAGGGCAAAACGGUGAUGCAGGCGGAGAUAGAUGCGGCCGCCGAGCUCAUCGACUUUUUCCGAUUCAACGCCAAGCACGCCGUGGAGCUGGAAGCGCAGCAGCCGCUGGACGCUGAAGGAAGCGUCAACACAGCCCUCUAUCGCGGUUUGGAGGGCUUCAUCGCCGCAGUGGCGCCAUUCAACUUCACUGCGAUAGGUGGGAAUCUGGCGGGAACGCCGUCCGUGAUGGGAAACGUGGUCCUGUGGAAGCCCAGCGACACCGCCAUGUCUGCCAGCUACGCCGUCUACAAGAUCCUGAGGGAGUGCGGCCUUCCUCCCAACAUCAUCCAGUUCCUUCCAGCCGACGGCCCCGUGUUUGGAGAUGCCGUGACGGCAUCCGAGCAUCUGGCAGGAAUCAACUUCACUGGCAGCGUUCCAACCUUCAAGCGGCUGUGGAAGCAAGUGGCACAGAACCUGGACAUCUACAGAAGCUUCCCUCGACUGGCAGGAGAGUGCGGCGGCAAGAACUUCCAUUUUGUGCACAAUUCUGCAGACGUGCGAAGCGUAGUGAACGGGACCGUCCGCUCUGCGUUUGAGUACGGCGGGCAGAAGUGUUCGGCGUGCUCCAGGAUGUACAUCCCACAGAGCCUGUGGCCGCAGGUCCAACAGAAGCUUGUGGACGUCCUCAAAGAAGUCCGAGUGGGAGACCCCGUAGAAGACUUUAGCACCUUCUUCUCUGCAGUCAUCGACCACAAGUCCUUCAGACGCAUCAAGACCUGGUUGGACCAGGCCAAGACCUCCCCCAACUUAGAAAUAAUCGCCGGGGGCAACUGUGAUGACUCCAAAGGCUACUUUGUGGAGCCCACUGUGAUCCGGACCAAAGACCCCCUGGACGCCAUCAUGGAGGAGGAGAUCUUUGGACCAGUCCUGUCUGUUUACGUCUACCCUGAUGAUGACUACAAGGAUGUCCUACGGUUGAUUGACAGCACUUCCCCGUACGCGCUCACGGGGGCCGUCUUCGCUCUGGACAGGAGCGUCGUCGACGAGGCCUCCAAAGUCCUGAGGAACGCCGCCGGAAACUUCUACAUCAACGACAAAUCCACCGGCUCCAUUGUGGCCCAGCAACCGUUUGGGGGCGCCAGGGCUUCAGGCACCAACGACAAACCCGGCGGUCCACACUAUGUCCUCCGCUGGACGUCGCCUCAGGUUGUCAAGGAAACGCACAUUCCGCUCUCUGAGUGGAAGUACCCAUACAUGGAAUGAUUGACGGCUUGGCCAUGCCCCCCCCCACCGUCCACUCUGCACUGAACUGUGAAUGUAAAGAGCGGCGUGCACGUCUUCCAAAGCACACGCUUGUGUUUGUGAGAUUUUUUCCGUCGACUUUUUACAUUUCUAAUCACAUCAGACUGUCCUAAUAAAAUAGUCAUGUAUAUGGAAUUAUGGAACAAUAACAUGUUUCAUUACUGCUGAUCUUUGAUUUUGUACAAUUAUUUUAGGUUGUGACACCUUUGUACAGUAGAAAAUAUGAAAUAAACAAGAUCAGUCUGCUUUUGCUUC